AAUACGGAUACUUAUUAAAUAUUUUUUCAAAAAAAUGUUUGUAAUAUUUUUGCAUGAUUGUUGAAAACUUGCCUUAAUUUUUUUCAAAUUAUUUGAAUGCCGCCUCGAUCGAAUGCAUUGCGAGCGACCGAAACCACCAACCGUCCAAUGUCAACAAAUGUUUUGUAGCUUUUUUACAAACAAAUAGUAAUGUGGUAAUUAAUCUAAAAAUUUAUUUAUUCGAAAAAAAAUUACUAGUAGUUGGUUGAUAAUAUCGUUUUCAAAUAUGAAAUGUGAUAUUGCAUAAUUCUUAUUCGGCAUAUUGUCAAUUAUUAUAUAUCGGAAAAUGGAGGAAGACAGUGUGUGUGACUUGACAUUCUCAGAAAAAUUCCAAGAACCAAAGAAAAAAUUUUGGCUGCGUUCAAGAAAACGCACAAAGAGUGAUGCAAUUAGUGUCAAUUCAAUGGAUAUUUCUAUAGAUUCGACUAUGGGUAAGAAAAAGAAACGUAGAAAGAUAUCAGAGGUAGCUAGCAGUUUCUUUGGUACUUCAAGUGGAAAGAUAGAUCGUAUAAUGAAUACUUCAGAAAUAUCAUUUGCAGAAGUUCAAACUCCAACUGCACGAAAAAAGCUGAGACUGAGUAACGAAUAUGCAGGAAAUGUCACUAUAAGAAGUUGGAUGUUUGAUGUUGCUGAACUUGAUAUAGCAUCAACAUUAAGCCGAAGAGAAAUUAAACGCCAAGAGGCAAUUUAUGAACUCUUUUGUGGUGAAAAUGUGUUAUUGAAUGAACUUUGUAUUCUGAGAGACUUUUAUUAUCAACCUCUAUUAGCAACCAAUAUUUUCACUGAAGAGGAAUUGAAUACUCUAUUUGGUGAUGUAUCCAAAUUUAUUGAAGUUCAUGGGAAACUUCGUGAUGAUAUGGUUGAUCUACGUGAUCGUUCAGGAUUUACAGAGUGUGUUGGACCGACAAUAGUUGAUUGGCUUGCACAACUCACUGAUUUGUACGUAGAAAGAUGUAGAUCUCAAGUUUGGGCCAGACAUAUUUAUGAGUCAAAGAAAUUAUCAUGUCGACGUUUCCAAGAGUUUUUGAAAAAGCGAUCUGAAUCACUCAGGUCAGCAGAUUUAUGGACAUACUUAGAUGUGCCACGUUCUAGGAUAGUCAAAUAUCCUUUGCUGGUAAAUGAAAUCUUGAAACAUACUACAGUUGGUCAUGUGGAUGAAACUGCUUUGAAGCGCGCUGGAGAAAUAUUAUCUGAAUUAUUGAAAAAUAUUGAUCAAGCAAUGGGGGAUGCCGAUUGUAAAUUGGCUCGAACAAGAAUAAUUGUGAGAUCAGAAUAUGAUCCAAAUGAUUGCAUAGAAAAUGCUUUGGAUUUAAUCACUGAAGGACCAUUGAAAGAUUCUAAAGGAGUGAAAUAUCACUGCUUUUUGUUCAACACAUGUUUUGCUUUAACUAAAUCAAAUAGACGUGCUAAUAGAAAGUACAGUCUUUGCUUUCCUGUAAUACCUAGAGAUGAAUUGAAUGUUGAAAUUAUCACUCCAAACAAAAGUGUAGCCAGUUUUAAAAUUGGAGAACAUGUAUUGAUAAGUGAUGAUGAGCAUCACAGAAGACACUGGUUGGAUUCCUUCAAACGUCUUUCCACGCCGAGAUUUGAAUCAAGGCGAAAACAAAUCGUUGCCAAAAAUGAAAAAGGAAAAGAAAAUGAGCCAGAAGUUCCUGAUUUUAUUAAAACUGAAUUUAGUAGAAGAUCAAAGAAUAGUAUCAAAGAUGGAUAUUUUACUAUUUCACUAAGGAAAACGUUAUUAAGACAUACUAGAAACAGUAUAGAUAAUACUUAA